UAAAAAAUUAAAAAGGUUCACCAUUUUAUCUUCUUCGCUGCUGUAGUUCAGUUAAGCAGGAACUAGGAAGCUCAUAGUUUCUUCAGCUAAAUCAUCAGUAUUCACCAUUGGCAGCUAUUAAAAGCUUCACUGAAGCAAACAAAUUGCACCCUUUUUACAAACUCUAGUAGCCCUCACUUGGGUCCAAUCCAAGCUUUUUCCUCAUUCGGUGAAGAUAUGUUUAAUUAAUUUCUGGAGUAGAAAAGCGAAAAUGAAAUUUUGUUGUUAUUAUUCUUCUCCUGCAAGCUCACAUCUCUUAGUCACCAACUUUUCUCAGCAAUCUAAGAGUCUAAAGCUUCCCGGUGAGAAAAGAUGGCCUAAUGAAUCUUGUAGAGCUUCCAAAGUUUAUGCUUAUCACGGCUUAAAGACACCGCCAUAUAAGCUUAAUGCUUUAGAACCCUAUAUGAGCCAAAAGACACUGGAGGUGCACUGGGGUGCACACCAUCGUAAUUACGUGGAUGGUUUGAACAAACAACUGGAGAAGAAUGACAUGCUGUACGGUUGCACCUUGGAUGAACUUGUCAAACUAACAUAUAAUAAUGGAAACCCUUUACCUGAAUUUAACAAUGCUGCCCAGGUUUGGAAUCACGACUUCUUUUGGGAAUCCAUGCAACCUGGAGGAGGGGACAUGCCUGUACAGGGCUUGCUUGAGCAAAUAGAAAAUGAUUUUGGUUCUUUCACAAAUUUUAGAGAUCAAUUCACAGAAGCAGCACUUUCACUUUUUGGCUCUGGAUGGGUUUGGCUUGUCUUGAAGAAGAAUGAGAAGCGACUUCAAAUUACCAAAUCAUCAAAUGCAAUUACCCCACUUGUGUUGGAUGAUAUACCCAUAAUUAGUUUGGAUAUGUGGGAGCAUGCAUAUUACCUGGAUUACAAGAAUGACCGAGGGAAGUAUGUUGAUGUGUUUAUGAACCACCUCGUCUCUUGGAACAUGGCAAUGGCUCGCAUGGCCCGCGCCAUGGCUUUUGUGAAUUUAGGCCAGCCUCAAGUGCCUAUUGCUUAGAAAUAUACUUUUUGAAGUAGCUCAUGGCCCUUCCAAGUGAUUUUGCUCUCCUAUUAGUUUUUUUUGCUUGUGCAAAAACUCCGAUGAUGCAUACAUUGGUUGUCUUGAAUUGCCUUUAGUGUAGCAAAGUGAGAGAUUACAGUGCAUCAAGCUUGUCCGUGGGAACUUAGUGAAAAUAGAAACUUAAAGAAAUGAAGACACCACUUUAUUUAGCUAACAAUAUCUUAGCUGAGAUAUUGUAGAAGAUGAAACGACAAUGGUAAUGGUGUGUUGUGCUGCUUCUUAGACUUCUCUUAGUUGAUGCUACGUUAGGCUGGGAGUAAAGAAAAUAGAAUGUGUUUAUGGAAUUAAAAUUUGUAAGUUAAUUACUUUUAGUUUUAUUUUUAUAUACAUUUUUUUUAGAAAUUUA